AUGUCGCAUUUGCGAGCCCGAGACGACGCGGUGGAGGUGUUGUCCAGUUGCCCGCCCGGACAGCUGGCGGUCGUGUGGUAUAGUGAUGAUUCAGUUUAUCACGAGCGGCUUAUGGUUUGGAGGGCUGGUGACACUGAGUGGUUUGUGCUGACCCCUGACGGGGACUUCUAUAGAGAGGACUGGUCAGGCCAUUCAGAUGAGGGUCCCAUCAGCUUCAAACUGAAGAAGACAGACUUUAGUCACUUCUCCCGUAUCAGCCAACCAGUGUAUCGUUUUAGUUCCUACCCCGAUGACGACCGGUUCAGAGAGCUUGUGGAGGAGGCCCUCAACGAGUUAGGUGAGUUAGGCAGUGGCUCCCUGAGUUGGACACCCCGCAAGGUCAUUGACAUGAAAGGCAAGGAGGUGGAAGCUUCUCUUGACCUGGGACGCCUGAUAGUGCCCCGGAGGUUGAGACGUCGAGAUGGAGGCUAUGUCGCUGAACCCAUUCCCUCCCCAGUGGCAGUGUCAGGCUUUCCUAGGUCAGGACUUGCACCGGCCCCUGAGGGCCACAUGUGGGUCGCCUUGCAUGACACCUCCGCCUUUGACCUUGGGAAGGAGGCCAACGUAGGCUUGGAGAAGGGCAUCCAGUUGGACAGCGACCAUGGAGCCAUCCCUGAUGAGAAGGGAUGGACCUUGAUGAGGCUGCUCAAAGUUGAGAAGGUUCCCGCAAUGGUUGAAGAGCGAGAGAAGCUGGUGACCAGUCGGUUGGAGCUUCGUGGUGUGCCUAGCAGGAGCCUGGAGACUGGCGCCAAGAAGGAGGAGGCUGGAGGUGAGGAAGACGCUGAGGUCUCAGAGGACGCCAGGACUCUGAGUGUUUGCUAUGAUGAUCAAGGAGAGAGAUACCGGUCCUGGAGGGAGGCCACAAAAGAGGCAAGGGAGUAUUCCUACUCGGACUGGCCCCUGGAGGGGCCCCAAUCCGUGCUCCACUUGAUGAAGUACAUGUUGAAGAAUGGUGGCAGCCCCAAGCAAUGGCUGUUGAUUUGGGCCCGACACAAAGGGGUGCAUGACAAUGAUCGAGUCAUGCAUGAAAUGCGUGCCUUGUUGGAGAGCUUCGAAUUGGCAGGCUGCUAUGACCAGUUGAACCUUGGCAGUUUGGCCUGUUUCGAGGCCUUGGGACGCAGGGUGCAGAGCAUUGUCGAUGCCUACAACAGCGGCUCCUCCGCCUCUCCAGAUUGGGGGGCGGCGAAGAUCAUGUCGGGAUACCAAGGUCCAGAAGAUCUGGUUUCUCCUUCCCUUCGCACUUGGGCGGCCAAGAAAGGAAAGGAGGAAGUUGAGAUUGCAGCCGCCCGGACGAAGAUGAGAGAGCACAAGCGGCUGCAGAUCCCCACAGAAGAUGCUGCCGCCUCCGCCGUGGCUGACGGCAACCUACCUCCCGGCGGACCAGCUGCCAAAGCCAAGCGCAAGGCGGAUGGGGGGCCCCCUAUGUCCUCUCGGGGGGUCUCCAGCAGACUGGCAGCUAUGGGAGGACAAUGCCCAGAUCCAGCCAGAGUGGGUCGAGAUUUGUUUCCUUUGCCCUCUCCAACUUUGCCGAAGAAGCCUGUGGCCGGGAGCCGUCGGUCGCAACAGCGUCUGGAUCGCAAGUGGAGACACUAUGAGACGGUGAAGGAGGCAGUAGACGGCUUGAACUGGCUGGCAUGUGAUAGUUUUUUGCAUGGUACAGAUGUUGAACCGGAUGGCAUUCAGCUGGAGGUUUUGCAGCGAAUUCAUGAACUAGCCCAGGACGCAGGACGGCUGGGCACCUUGGAGCAGAUUCCAAAACCUGAGGCAGCCUUACGAGAGCUGCUCAAAGGGAAGUCGGAGUAUCACCAACCCGAAGUCCCUGUGGCUUUGGCUCCCUACAAACUCGAGCGCAUUUCUCUCCCGAGCAGCUUGGAGAACCUUCCGGAGGCUCGUGACCUUCUGCCGGAGAAUGCCCGUCGAUAUCUGUUGGGUAGAGAGCUCAUGCUUAGGGAGGAGGGCGCUUAUGAUGCCCCCCGCCCUUACUGGGACCCUGUUUUGGCGAACAACAAGAAGCAUUACAGAGAGUUCAUUGAAAAGUUGAACAGUGUUGGCAUGUUGCAGUUCACUCAACACCCCAAGAACCAUGUUGGAGUUUUCUUUGUGCACAAGAGUGACAAACAGAAGAUACGACUCAUAGUGGAUGCACGGUCGAGCAACGCAUUGUUUAAAGAGCCCCCAGGUGUUGAACUUUGUUCGAGUGAAGGGUUCAGUCGCAUCGAAUGUGAGGUGUCGGAAGGUGUGUUGCCAGGCAGUGCAGAGUUUUUGCAGGAACUUCAAUCCAUGGAGCUACAUGUUGGUUUGUCCGAUGUCAAAGAUUGCUUCCACAGGCUCAAACAACCUCGGUGGCUUGCAGAAUACUUUUGCUUUAUGCCGAUCAAGGCUCACUGGGUUGGUUUGACAGGGAAGUGUUUGGACGGGGUUACAUUGGGCUGCAAUGACAUUGUUUAUCCUAUGCCGGGUAGCCUUUGUAUGGGGUUUUCGUGGAGCCUUUAUUUUUGCCAGCAGAUCAAUGAGCAUCAGUGUGCCUUGACCAGGUCAUUAGGAGACUCCACUUUGAUCACAGACAAGGGUUUGCCGGUGGUAUUCAAGAGCUCAGCAGUCCGAGACAAUGCAAGAGCAACAACAAGGCACUACGUCUAUGUCGACAACCUUGGCAUUGUUUCCCCUCACCGGGGUGUCGUCCAGUCGGCGCUCCAGGAGCUGGACAGUCACUUUGGAGGCAAAGGACUUCUUCUUCACCCAGGAGAGGUCCACAGUGAAGAAACGAAAGCACUGGGGACAAUAUUGGAUGGCAAGAAUCUUUGCUCCCGAAUUUGUCCAGAGAGGUAUCACAAGGUCAGACAGAGCAUCAGAGGUCUUUUACAAAAGCCGCGGGUGACGGGACAGAUGGUUGAAGUUGUCUUGGGCCAUGCAACCUUUUGCGCAUUGAACAACCGUAUGCUCAUGUCGAUCUUCCACAGUUGUUACAAGUUCAUAAGAGCACACUACUUUGAACCGGUGGCAAUGUGGGAAGCAGUGCGUCGUGAGUUCACAGCCUUUUCAGGACUCAUGAUUUUUCUUCGAGCGGACUGGUGGCGCCCUUGGAACAGUUUGGUGUGUUGCAGCGACGCCAGUACUACUGGCUAUGGGGUAUGCACAUCACAUUGGAGGUUAGAGGAUGUCAGAAAGGUUGGUCGACAGAAGGAACGGAGCCGCUUUAAACGUUGUGACAAUCAUUCAGCUAGAGAGUCAGCCUUAACUUCAGCAGGGUUCAUUCGUGAUGAGUUGACAGGUGCAUGGAAGGCAGGCAAUCUUUCAACUGAAGAUUAUCUCAACCUCAGCGGGUGGAGACUGGACCAGAGUUUUGAGGAGGUUCCAGCCCGCCUGCUGAGGAAGCAAUUGUGGCAGCCAAAGCUUUGGGGAAAGUGGCGCUUCAACGAAGGCAUCAUUAUCCUUGAGGCCCGGGCCGCCGUGAAAGCGAUGAAGCGGAUUGCGAUGAGCCGGUACGGUUCGCAGACACGACAGCUUUUCUUGUUGGACAACAUGUCACUGACCUUAGCACUCGAGCGUAGCCGCAGUCGUCAGUAUGGGCUCCUGAGGCAGGCGGCCAGAGUGGAGCGAGUGUUGAGGCCUGGAAAGCUUGUUGUGCCGAGUCGUUCGAGCAAGAAGGAGGCCUUGUUGAAGCCUGUCGAGACCAGCGAGCUCCUGACAACAAAGGGAGUGCUGGGAAAACUGCCCACGCUGGAGAGUCCAGGGGAGGAGACCAAAACCCUGGGAGUCGAUCUCUCCAUGUCCAGCAGUUCCGACAGCAGCAGCGAGGUAGACAUGACCAGGAAGAGAAAGAAGUACUUGCACAGUCGCGCCCGACACCGGAGGCGCAAAUAUGUGGACUUCCUCAUAGACGGCAAGGACAAGGAUGGGCUGAGUCUUUUGGAGAAGAGAGCCAUUGGAACAGCCGCAGAGAAAAUGUACCAGAAAGAGCUUCAGGCCUUCAAGGACUAUGCGGUGUGUCGGGGACUGGACCCGAAAGAUGCCGAGGGGGUGGACAGGUUGAUGGUGCAGUACAUGAACCAUUGUUAUUUGGCAGGGCACCAGGCCUAUGUUGGAGACCGCCUCAUAGCCAGUUGGUUGCACCAUCACCCACAGUUCAGCAAGACUGGGGUGAAGAAGAUCCCCAGAGCCCUGAGGUGUCUGAAAGGUUGGCGAAGACUUUGCCCUGGACGGUCGCGAGUUCCGUACCCUUUGAGCAUUUGGUGUGCAGUGGCAUGUCUGAUGAUCAACAUGGGUUUUCCCAAGAUGGCCGUUUUUGUGAUGCUAGCAGUGUCGACCUACAGUCGCCCCUCCGAGUUGUUGCGGCUGAGGACCUUCAGUUUGAUCAAACCGGCACCAGGAGUGACCAGCAGUUGGAGCUUGCUUCUGAGCCCAGAAGAGUUGCAGGAGAGUUCAAAGACUGGAGACUACGACGUCAGUGUCCUGUUAGACUCUCCCUAUACGAAUUGUUGGCUUGGCAAGUUCCUCACGGUCAUGAAGAGGGCCAGCAGCAGCUCGGCCCUGUGGGACUUCGACUACAGUCAGUACCUGGCAGUGAUAAAGAAGAUUGCCAAGAAGAUGGAGGUGCCACUGGAGCCUUAUCACACGAGGCACAGCGGCCCCUCCAUCGACAGAAGCCGAAAGUACAGGUCGCAGCUCGAGGUACAGAAGAGAGGCCAGUGGAAGAGUUCAGAGUCAUGCGUGAGGUACGAGAAAGCCGCCCGGUUGGCUCGGACCUGGGAGCAAGUGCCGCAGAAGACAAAGGACUUCGCCCUGGCUUGCGAGGAGGCGUUCGACGACAUCAUGCUUGGAAGAAAGAAGUGUCCCGACUCCAGCCGCCUAGGCGGAACGGGAAAGGGCAGUUUGUAG